AUGGGCGGGCAGCUUAUCCGCCCAUUAAAGGUUGUAGAUAAGGUAAAAUACCUGGGGCACAUCCUCACGAGCGACCUAAGGGAUGACUUGGACAUCGAAAGGGAGCGCAGGGCGUUGGCGCGCGCCCUCCCCGCCGCUGCCGCCGCCGCCGCCAUGUCGCUGCUCGCCCGCUCGCUGCUCGCGCUCGCCGCGCUGCUCGCCGCCGCCGACGCCGAAUGCGUCACGAAAGAAGUUGGUCACAAAACUGAAGUCCCAAUCUCAAUAGGCUCGAAACAUCUUUCGGGGCAAGACCAAGAGCAGGACGUCGUUAUUUCGGAUUACUGCAAGCCAAGUCCGGUGCUUGGUGAGACAGUAAGAGUCUGCAGCCACGUUACCGGCUGUGUACCGACCAUCGAUAUUGGUAACGGCCAGUACUCCCCGGCCAAAGUGGUAUGUAACUGUCCCGAUGGUUGUGAGCUGGACGGCACCCAAUACUGUUAAGUAAUUCACGUUAUUAUCUCUGCUAUUCAAUGUAUAUCGCAGAUAGGUGCACGACGACAUGAAGUUUAACACCAAAAAGUUUAAAUAUCGAAAUUAUGAUUAGGUAUUUUAUCUCUACCUUGUAUAAUGUCGAGUGAUAACAUAAUGGCACUGAAGUGUCCAGCAGUUAUUUUUCAAUCCGUCAAGUUUUUGAAAACCCUCAAACCAUUGUGUUAUUAUUAUUCCUGAUUUUUCUUUAUAUUGUACCUAUUCCUUCCAACAUCAUGCGGUUGACAGUUUAAAUUCGAGGACUUUAUUUUGUCUAGUUGAAUAUUAAUUUUAAUGUUGCACAAAUUGUACAAUGAAUGUUAUUUACUUGUAUUUAUUUAAAUAAAGAAUCUUGACGGUUA